AUGGCAGAGAAGAUUGUAUCAGCUUUCGUCAACAAUUACCUUCCUCAUCUUUUGAGUAUUGAAUCCAAAGCAUUGAUUUAUCAUCUUGUUCAAAGACUUAAGGAUUUUAAUAAGAAAAUCAAUACAGUUGAAGAAAGACAAGCAUUGAAUCGUCGUCUUGAGGCUGAAAUUAAAGCACUCAAACUAAAUAACAGUGUAUCCUGUACAAUAAUUGCAAGAAUAUUCCGAGAGAGGUAUAAUUUGAAGAAUGAGAGUGAUGAUCUGGUGUUUCUUUUAAAGCUGGUUGAACCAAGUUUAGGCUUUGAAUUCUUCCUUAGGACUCGUGAAGAGCAGAAGAAACUCUUCCAUUUGGUUAAUAAGAAUUUGAACUCUCCUCAAGGUCUCCAACUCUCUCGUAGAGCAGCCAAAAUUGAUCCAAACCUUGUUGAACAACAUUUCUUCUCUAAUUUAAACUCAAGUGAAGAAAAAACCAUUAAGAGAAUACUGAUCAACAUUUUCAAAGGAAAGGAAGGAAUUGGGUUUGAUGCUUUCUAUUUAGCCUUUACGUACUUUUUCAGCAUUAAGAAUUGCAACAAACUUGAUGCUAUGGAAGAUGAAGCGUUGAGAAAAAUGAUUGCUCCUCAAUUACCAUUCGAUGUAUUGUAUCUAGCUAUCAUGUUCUGCUAUUGGAAAUGUUUCGGAAAGGUAAAAUUACAUUAUUUUCCAGUAUUCCUAGAUUGUAUUCAUGUGUCAGUUCAAGAAUAUCAUAUUAGUGUUGAUACAUUAUUUGUUGAAGAACAAUUGAAAAAUCACCUCAAAUCACUUGAUGAGUUGAUGUUUGUUGAAGCAUCGGAAGAUAAUUUUCUUUCUUCAGAUGAAGAGGAUGAGCCAACAAGAAAGAAGAAGAAAAAAUGA